AUGCCCGAAGUGUCUUCCAUAGCAGCUUCAUUAUCCACGACCAAGAUACUGCGUCAGGCCUCCACUAGGGUGCUUGUCUUGACCCAAUCUUGUUCGAGCUUGAGCUCGAAAUACGUUGCAACUUUGCAUCCCGUCACUCACGAGUUGGUGCACCCUUCAUCCAAGGCACCCGUCCGAUUGCUGGUGCGCGACUGUCGCGAAGCCCCGAUACAACCGCCCAUUCGCUGCGUCCAGACACAACAGCAAAGCGAGCCCACGGCGUCGGAUACGGAUCCAUCCGCCAGCCAUUCCCUGACCGGCGAUCAACCGUUGCGCCCAAUUCACACGGCCAAGUCCAAGUCCCACGAGACCCACAUCACUGAGGAACAACAUCAACUCCCUACCUUACUGACGCAAAGGGGACCUCAGAGGCGCACAGCUAUUCCCCGUCCCCCCAACCGUCUGCUUUGCUGCCUAGUCAUCAAUCCUAGACCAAGAGCCAAGGUCACAUUCCCAGUUCAGGCAAGACACCGCACACGGGCCCGUUAG